AUGGUGGACGGCCGCUUCCCAUGGCCGAGAACAGAGCCCGUCAGCCAUCGUUCCAUGCUGGAGGAGUUCUUCGGUACAGACGAGAACUUCACGAAAGCAGCAAGGGUGGCAUGGCCAGCGCUCAAAGCGCUAAGCAACAUCGGCCCAGACGUCAUCCCCGACCUCACCAAAGUCCUUCCUCCACCAGACGACAAGGCGUACCCCGAGCAGGCGAUAGGCUUGCAUGUUCUAAUAGACCAGGCGCCGCGCGUUCUGUUUCACGGUAUCGACGCGCGAUGGGUAUCAUAUUUUGACAAGGUCGUCGAGGAGCUUUUCGACACUCAGUCCAAGUUGCCGAAGAAAUUACAGCCCUGGCAGCCGGAGCGAUGGUCGGACGCGUCGUUCGAAUACUGGGUGAUAGUGCACUCGACCUGGAACUCGGCACUGACGCAUCGUGAAUCCGUCGCCAAGCAGCAAGAGGCACUCCAGAUGGGCGAAGACAACCGCGUGGCGAUCGAGAAGUGGUCAGGUAAGAAAGACCCGGCGCGUGGAGAUGAUAGCAUCAGGAAGGACAUUUAUGCCUUUCCAAAGCUUGUGACUGUGAUUGACUUUCAUGAUUUUGACACGUUUGAGGACGUUGGCUUUUUCAUGUGCAAGGUCACGGAUGUACAUAAACCUGUCAUUGAUCAUUUCGGGCGCUAUCCUUACCGCAAUGCUAUCGAGGGGAGGAAUAGUACCGAUGAGGAAAAGAUCUGGAUAGAAAAGGUUGACCACUUUGCUGAAGCGCCACCAGAUGUGGCGAAGAGGGUAAGGGAAGAUAUUGAUGCUGGUAAAUGGACUGCACUCGGGGAAGGCGGAUCAUCUUUUAUGACAGGUCUGCAUAUUAAUAUACAUACAAGCUAA